AUGGGGCAGGCCAGUUCUUCGCAAAGAACAUCUCCAGGAACUACGAACGACAGAGAUCGGCCACGAUACAGCUACGGCGGCGGCGGCGGCAGCAGCAGCAACAGCAGCAACGAUACUAAUAAUAAUGGCUUUCCAACCCCACCGACUUCUACACGCCAGAGAAUGAGAAACAGCACGCAUAUUCCUUCUUGGGCACGCCCGCCGGACAACAGUCGACAUGAACCGCGGAGCAACCCUUCGUGGGCUUCGGACGGCGCCCUGGAGGAGUUUCCAGCACCAGCCGGGUCUGUGACUCGAAGUAGCAGCGCCUCAGGCACCAGCAGACAGUCUCGGAUGUCUCGUCUGGGUACGAGAAUACUUCCAAACUCCGUCUUGAGAAACCUGCUUAAUAGCGGGGAAGAGACUCCAGCUGAAGGAAGAGCACACCGAGAUGGUCUCCUCUCCAGGAGCUCCCCAAGAUCAGAUUCACCCCAGCCUACACCACAUCUUCCGUCAUUCCGAACCCUUAGUACUCGGGGAAUAGCGCGCAGGAGAUCGAUUCGCGGGCCGUAUGCCCUUCCAAGAGGGGAGUCUGCUUUGUUGCCAGAUUCUCCACCAAACCCAACUUUCUUAGAGAACCCGUCCAGCGCCAGAAAUACGGACCCUUCCCGCCUUUCUUGGAGAUAUCGUGCAAGACUGAGUCAUGUUCGACAUUCAAUAUCCUCCCCGAUAUCAUAUAUGUUCAACCAACACUCGACCCCAACACAUCCCAACCAGUCGGCACCCCCCGCACCAACGCGACCCUCCCGUGCUGGGCUUUCUGAUGAUUCAGAUCACCCACCCCACCUUCCCAGCAAUACUGAAGCGAAUAUGGAUGUUGAUACGGAUAUUGAUGAGGCUCAUGAGCCUGAUGAUUCUAGUUCGAGUCCCAGGUCUGGCCCAAUUCCAGUCCCUGGCUACCACACUAGCUCUCCUAACCAAAGGCAUUCAACUAUUCGAUCUCGAGCAACAAGGCUACUAAGGAGAGAGGAGCAAACACCGCUCUCUCGCGUCCUACAGCUUGCUGCAACAGCCAUUGCCGCCCAGCUUUCCGGAAAUACAAAUUUGGCGGUACCCAGCAUUCAGUCCGUUGGCGCAGACGGUUUAGAUGGACCCUUGGAAUCUCUUAUGAACGGCUUACAGCAAGUUUCAGCUAAUCAGGAGACUAUAAGUAAUCUUGAUGCGCCGCAAGAUCCAAACGUUCCCCAUGUGAACUUCUUGAGAGUCUUCAGAUUUGUGAACCAGGACGGUCCUUCCACACAGCAGACCUCAGGUGAGGGAGGUGACGAUAACGCCGAUCAGAUGGACAUUGACGGGCAAGGCUCAACAGACGGGCAUCAAGAACGGCGUUUGCUCACUUUGGUUGUUGUUGGUGUGCGAGCCGUACCACCCAGCAACGGAGCGGCAGGUGAUACUACCACCAACAACCGACUUAAUGUAGAGUCACUCCUCCGGUUGCCGCUUCUUGCCCCUGGUAAUUUUCUACGCAACGAUAGAGGCGGGGGUAACUUUCUGCGGCGUUCGGAUGGCCGUUCAAGAUUCUCCCCGCGACGUUAUUCUGUUGGUGGCAGCACUUUCCCAGCAAAUUACGACAGCCAGCGCCAUUUUCGAUCCCAAAACUCUUCUCGCCGGCCCUCUGAUGUUGGGUCCUCGAGUGAUCUAGCUAGCUCACUCCCAACUAUUCUCUCCGACAGUCCCCAGGGCCCAAAUCCGCCCCCGUCUACGCCAGCAGAAGCGGGUUUAUCGAGGGUGUCAUCUGCUGUCAACACACCAAGUAGACGGCCUUCAUCUGCGUCGGCUAUUCUUCCACAACUUAAUGAGGACGGAACAGGAGAACCAGGAGAUCCAUUGGAAGAACACCCAAUGGGCUUUAAUCCUGCAAGACAGCGCCGUAGAAGCGACUCAGAAGCUGCUCGUCAUCGUGGACUGGGUUCUGGUGCCGCACGAAGGAACGGAGUAGUGGAACCCGACGAUCCUUCUCCCUCGGGGGGACGAAGCUGGCUAAUCUACGUUGUUGGAACCAACUUAGCUGAGAACCACCCAGCAUUUGCUGCGCCCAGCUUGUUUACAGAUAAUCCCACAUAUGAGGACAUGAUACUACUGUCAUCCUUACUAGGCCCAGCCAAACCCCCUGUCGCAACGCAGGACGAAAUAACUUCCGCAGGCGGCCUAUAUCGUCUUGUAGAGUAUUCCGGGGCUUUGGUUGCAGAAAGUAUCGGCGAAGAAACCCAGGAGAGUGUUCCAAUAGCAGAGAGUGAUCGAUGUCUCAUAUGCUUAUGCGACUACGAGGCAGCCGAAGAAGUGAGGAUAUUGAAUAAAUGCAAGCAUGUCUACCAUCGCGAGUGCAUUGAUGAGUGGCUUACAACAGGACGCAAUUCUUGUCCUUUGUGCCGAGGUGAGGGUGUCUCUAACUCCAGUAAUGAUACCGGUAGCGAAGCGGUGCCAGCAUCCUAG